AUGGCAGACGCUGUGAUUAGGUCUGGAACAAGCGAUAUCGGAAUGCAUCGCGGUUUCCAGGUUGCAAACGGAAGUGCCCUCAUCGCGAAAGCAACAAAAAUGGAGAGAAGCUACGAGGAAGCCAUAAAGUGUUUGAAUAGCAGAUUUGGCCUCCCGAAGCCCAACGUAGAGGAUAUGAAGGGCUCCGAUGACAUGGUGGAAUGGCUGGAACUACUCGGUCACUCAGUGGAAGAUCUGGAUGCUUUAAAUGCUAUACACGUCGCGGGGACGGAUGGAAAGGGUAGUACCUGUGCAUUCGCGGCGUCGUUCCUCAAGGCGCACGGGAACGACACUGGAUACCCGCAAAAGAUUGGGCUCUACACGUCGCCACAUAUGAAAAGCAUACGUGAGCGGAUUCGCAUCAACGGUGAGCCAAUAUCGAAGGAGCAUUUCACGAUGCGAUUUUUUGAGAUCUGGGAUAAGUUGCCGGACCAGUCUACCACAGCCUUGGAUAUUCCCCGGUAUCUCCAGCUCAUGGCUCUCCUCUCUUUCCAUGUCUUUAUUGAGGAAAAGGUGGAUGUGGCCAUAUAUGAGACACAUCUUGGUGGAGAAUAUGAUGCGACGAAUGUUCUUAGGACGCCGCUUGCGACAGCCGUUACAACAAUUGCACUCGAUCAUGUUAAAUUGCUCGGCCCAACAAUCCAAAGAAUUGCCUGGCAUAAGGCAGGAAUCUUCAAAAAGGGAAGCCUGGCCUUCUCCACUCUCCAGGAACCAGAAGUUGCUACGGUCCUCGAACAGCGAGCGGCAGGGAAAGGAGUGGUAUUGGAAUUUGUUGGCGUCGACUCUACACUUCCGACCAACGCCGCAGUGCUAAGGCCCAAAGUCCAGAGAAUAAACUGCUCUCUGGCUCUCGCAGUAGUCCAUGCUUGGCUGUCUGUAAAGGCGCCUGAGGGGCAAAGUCGCAUGGAAGAUAAUAUCAUUCAGGGCAUCGAGCAAUUCUCUUGGCCAGGGCGGUACCAGCAGAUUAACGAGCGGAAUUGCCAAUGGUUUCUUGAUGGAGCGCAUAAUGAGUCAAGUGUACGAUAUGCUGUGAAGUGGUUUGCUGAAAUGGCCAGAGAGUAUCAAAAUAAUACUGUCACUCCCUCGCGCAUUCUUAUAUUUAGUCAAUUUUCAAGCCGAGACGGCACAGCACUUCUUCAUAGCAUCGCACAAUCACUACGACGUAAUGACAUUCACAUGCAGUAUAUCAUUUUAACCACAUAUGAUGAAAGGCGAGAUGGCCAAACCAGGAUUGAUAGAAAUCUGAAAAAGCGCUUCUCUGCAGAGGUCCAAGAGCGUUAUGCCGAGACUUGGGGGAAUCUUGAUCCUACGGCUACAGUAUUACGCGGAAGAACAAUUGAAGGUGCUUUAGAUCGGGCUAGAGGAAUCGGUGAUCAAAACAACGGCAUGCAAGCAUUACUAACAGGGAGUCUCCACCUAGUGAGUGGUGCGCUCUGUCUCUUAGAGUCUGAUUAUUCGAUAUAG